UCCUCUCCCUCUCCGACCUCCACUCCCUCCCUCCCUCCGGCAAGCUCUUCACCACUCUCUUCCAAACCACUGGCCGGGCCCCCUCCAACUCUGGCUCCCUUAACCUCACCCGCGACCCUCGAAACGGCAUCGUUACGAUCACUUCCCCUUACUCCCCUUCCUCAAACGCCACCGUUUUGUCCUUAGUCAAAACCUUACCUUAUAACGUCACUGUUUUCUCCGUUGAUAACCUCAUCCUCCCUUUCGGCCUCGAUCUCAUGGCCUCGGAGACUCACCCCAAUCUAGGGCUCAACAUCACCAAGGCCUUAAUCGACGGCAAGAACUUCAACGUCGCCGCCUCCAUGCUCGCAGCCUCCGGCGUCGUCGAAGAAUUCGAGGCCGACGAGGGCGGCGCUGGAAUUACUAUGUUCGUCCCCGUCGACGAUGCAUACGCCGAUCUGCCUCCAGCCGUUAGCUUGCAAUCCCUUCCGGCGGAUAAGAAAGCCGUCGUGCUCAAAUUUCAUGUGCUGCAUUCGUAUUACCCCUUGGGAUCGUUGGAAUCGGUGGUGAACCCUCUUCAGCCGACGCUCGCGACGGAGGCCAUGGGUGCUGGGAGCUUCACGCUCAAUAUUUCCCGCGUGAACGGCUCCGUUGCGAUCAACACUGGGAUCGUGCAAGCUUCCGUGACGCAGACGGUGUUUGAUCAGAACCCCGUGGCAAUCUUCGGCGUCUCGAAGGUUCUGCUGCCGAGGGAGAUCUUCGGGAAGAAUCCGAUCACGACGCCGAAGCUUGGAUCGACUGCACCGCCUCCGGAAGACGAUGCUCUGUCACCAGAGGGGUCGCCGGGGGCAAUGGAUGGCCAGCCUUCGCACCUCUCGUCGCCGCCCGGGUUCCGCGAGGACAUGCAGUCCAACGCUGCUGCCUCCGGUGUUCGUGGUUCCAAAUUCAAGUCUUCCAUUGUUGUUGCUGUAUUUGUUUGCUGUAUAGGGUUUUGUAUUUAGUGGUAUGAGGUUAAUUUCUUUGGUUUUUGCUCCAAAUUAUUAUCAUUAGUAUUAAUUUUUUGUGGGGUUUUGUUUUUUAAAUUCUCUCCACCCGCUGUACCCGGUUAAUUGCAUUAUCAGGUUGCAAAUGCAGCCUCCCUUUUUUCUUUUAGGUGGUUUCUCCUUAUCUCUUUCUUUUCCCCCAAAAAAUUAUAAAAUCUUCAAUGUGAAUUAAUUGAGCCAUUGAUCUAACAAUUAGUUGGAGAUCAAUGUUCACUAUUUGUUUCUCUGUGUAGCAGUAGUACACUUGCAUUAUAAUAUGAAAAUGUAAUGCAAGUUCAUUGUGUAUAAAUUGGGAGUUAAAUAAGUUUCCGUUUU